GUCGUUACUAGUACUCUAAUGGGUCGGUAUUCUGUAGGUUAGGUUUUGAUGAUGUUCUUAUUGAAGUAUUUUCCACAGAGACACGGAAUUGAUUGUAGGCUAUUUCCUCGUACACAAUGUUUUUACACUAAAAUCCAAUUAAAUUUACAAUUUCAACAUUUUAUAGUUUAAUAUUAUUUGAUAGCCCAAUUGAAAUAAUUAUCAACUCAGAUGUCGUCAGUUAUUUGUAAGGAUGAUCAAGGUGCGUUUAUACCAGCCACCCAAAGACCAGAUGGAAGUUGGAGAAAGCCGCGACGAAUCAAAGACGGUUAUGUUCCACAAGAGGAAGUCCCUCUCUAUGAGAGCAGAGGAAAAAAACAGAUGCAGGCUGCAGCCAACCACUAUCCUCCAGGUCUACACCCGGAUCUGAUCAAGAAGAGAGAGAUGGAGAAGGAGAAAAUGAAGCCGGUCAUCACCUACAGUCCGGCACCUGGAGUGGUCUUAACACAGGGCGGCUCAACCAAUGAAGCCAAAUCUAAGAAGAAAAAGAAAAAGAAGAGCGGUGAAACAAAUUCUGGUGAGAAUGGAGGAGGUCAACCCAAACAGCCUACAAAAAGUGUUGAAUCAUCACAAAAACCGGCUUCUAAAACUGCUGAUCCAUCACAAAAACCGGCUUCAAAAAGUAAAAGUUCUGACACCUCGCCGAAAAGUGCAGACUGUUCGCAAAACCCGUCCACAGAUCCCGUCAAACGGCUUAAAAAUCUGCGUAAAAAGUUGCGUGACAUUGAGGUUAUGGAACAAAAAAUGGCGGAAGGACAAAAGGACAAAUUCGAUAAAGACCAGUUGGAGAAAGUGGCGCGUAAACCGGAUGUGUUGAGUGAAAUUCUGGCCUUACAGUUGUCAAUUGAAGGACAUUCUAAUUAACUAGAGGUUAGGUUAGGUUAGGUCAAGUAGUGCAUAUGGUUGAAUAACAGUUUCUAUAGUGAGGUCCACGUUAUAAUGGCAGUGUUGGAUUAGCAAUACAUUGCUAUCCUUGUCUAUCAUUCAACAAAGCGGAUAGCACAAUCUCUUCCUUGCUUUGUUCUGUUGCCAGAUCAUCUUUUAAAAAUGUAGAAGUAAUGAUUACAAAAUAUUUCAUUAUAAAGUUAUUGAAAAAUAUAAUUACUUGCUUAAUAAAAUAUAAUUUAUUAUUUUAAACGAGAAUGAACAGCUAAUAUUAAUAUACCUCGAUAAACCUGUAUCAGCUACUGUCUAUAGAGUGUAUUGACAAGACAGAGGAUCGGCAACUUUGUUCUUCUAUCUUUCUCCACUGCCAUUAUAACGUGGACCUCACUAUAGCAGUUUGGCCCAGUGACAAUUCCAUUUAGA